AUGGACCCAGACCCUACCCCACCGGCUGCCUCGAGCAGCAAGCCUGGCCCAUCCUCCGGCAAGAAGAAGGGACGCCGGAAUACGGAUCCCACCGCCCAGAAGCGCCGGUGUGUGAGCACGGCCUGCAUUGCUUGUCGGAGGAGGAAAUCAAAAUGCGAUGGAGCCCUGCCCAGCUGCGCCGCCUGCGCUAGCGUCUACGGGACCGAGUGUGUCUACGACCCCAACUCAGACCACCGUCGCAAGGGCGUUUACAGGGAGAAGGCCGGCAUAGUGAAAGCCCGGAACUCAACCCUGCACGUCCUGAUGGAUGCGAUCAUCAACUCGCCCGAGGACGAAGUCCAUGACUUGGUACACCGGAUCCGUACCACGAAUAGCCUUGACGCUGUCGCCGAAGCUAUUUUGAGUCACCAGAGUCUCAGUGCCCCCGAACCCGAUCAGCCGGAGACUGGCGAAGAGGACCAGCCCGCCGAGGUAACUGUUGGCGGCGAGCGCGAUCUCGCGCGGAAAAUGGGAGAGCUUCGCCUAGAGAAUGGACUUGUCCGCUUCAUUGGCGGGACGUCGCAUUUGAUAUAUCUCGGCGAACCCUCAACCGUAGACCCUGAGCCGAGCACCGCCGCAUCUCACUCCGGUGAGGAUCCUAUCACGAGCUGGACGACCGUAACGAAGGAUCCUCAACUCAUCAUCCACCUCGUCAACAUGUACUUCAACUGGCACUAUACUUACUUCGCCACGUUAUCAAAGAGGCUAUUCUACCAAGACUUUUUCAGGGGCAAGCAUGCGAAUCCGGUUUACUGCUCCUCUCUCCUAGUGAAUGCCAUUCUGGCCCUUGGGUGCCACUUCACCUCGGUGCCGGGAGCCUACGCUGUGUCGGGAGACAGUCGUACCAAGGGCGAUCACUUCUUCGCCGAAGCCAAGAGGUUGUUUGUGGAGAACGACGAGUACGAAAAACCUCGGCUCACCACCGUCCAAGCUCUGGCCCUCAUGUCGGUCCGCGAGGCGGGCUGCGGCAGGGAGGCCAAGGGCUGGGUUUACAGCGGCAUGAGUUUCCGCAUGGCGCACGACAUCGGCCUGAACUUUGACGCCGGCGCCAUGGGUUCGGAGAGAGAUCGGAUGAGCGAGCACGAGAUCGAUGCCCGGAGGAUAACAUUCUGGGGAUGUUUCCUCUUCGACAAAUGCUGGUCUAACUACCUAGGCCGGUUACCUCAAAUUCCUCAAAAUUCGUACAGCGUUCCGAAGUAUGACGUCUUCCCCGACGAGGAUGCCGAAUCCUGGUCGCCUUAUACCGAUAACGGCUUCGAUCAGACCUCGAAGCAACCGGCUAGGACUAGGGCCAUCGGUCUAGAGCUGUCCAAGUUGUGCGAGAUUAGCAGCGACUUGCUCAUUUUCUUCUACCACCCUACGCACAUUGGCAAGUCGAGCGGGAGGUCGGCCGAGCUCAAGAAGCUUAGUGAACUUCAUCGUAGGUUAGAAGAGUGGCGAAAGGAGCUUCCCAAGGAGUUUGAGCCCAAGGAUGGGCAACUACCGAACGUGAUCCUCACCCACAUGUUCUUCCACCUCCAGUAUAUUCACCUCUUCCGCCCUUUCCUCAAGUACACCCCCGCCGCAUCCCCGCUCCCUGCGCACGUCUCCCCUCGGCGCAUCUGCACCGCCAACGCCGUGGCCAUCUCCAAGCUCAUCCGUCUCUACAAGAAGAACUGGAACCUCCGCCAGCUCUGCAACAUCGCCGUGUACAUCAUCCACAGCGCCUGCACCAUUCACCUCCUCAACCUGCCCGACAAGACGGCGAAACGGGACAUCAUCCACGGCGUCAAGCACCUCGAGGAGAUCGCCGAGGACUGGCUCUGCGCCCGCAGGACACUGGGCAUCCUCAGCGUGCUCUCGAGGAAGUGGAACUGCGAGCUGCCCGACGAAGCGCGGUCCGUCCUGCAGCGAACCGAUGAGAAGUAUGGGACGUUUAGCACCUCGGAGGUACCCUCGCCCUCGAGCGGUGCCGGGUUGCUUUUACAUGCCGACUCCCCUUCGGCGGCGGAAUAUGCCUCGAUGGGAAUCACUGCCGCCGCGAAGACGAACCAAUUCGCAAGCAUGCUCUCGUUCGAGCAGCAGAUCCAAGUCAACGAACGCCUGCUAGCCCAAACGGCAGCUUCCUCCCUAGCUGCCACCGCGAACGCCAACACCACCGCCCCAACAUCCAACCCCGCGCUCACGAUCCCCGUAACCCAGCAGCAAAUCUCGGCCGCCCUCUCCAUCGCUGGCCAGGAACCCCUCCCAGGAACAAACGACUGGGCCUCCCUCCGCACCACUCCGACCCUCCCUAACUACCCCGCCCACCCAGGCUUCUCCCCCAUGCCGCGCGGGAGCGGCCUCACGUCCGCACAAACCAGCCGCUCGGGCACCCGACAAGUCUCACCCAGCAACAUCUUCCAAGAGCAAGGCAUCGACGGGCAAAACUGGUACCUCAACGACGGCGUGCGAUGGCAGCAGAACUUCGAAUCGUGGGACAUGCAGGUCGGCGGCACGCCAGCUGCAGCCAUGGGAUCUACUCCCACUACCUCGGGGGCUGCCGCCGCCGCCGCCGUUGCUAGCCAGGCCAUGUCGCAGGGUCAAUCGCCCAUCUUGGCGGCGGAUCACCUGCAACAGUCGCAGCAGCAGCAGCAGCAGCAGGCGUCGCAGCAGGGGUUUAGCUUUAGGACUGGGGCGGGGAGGUUGGGAAUGGAUGAUGCGUCGUUUGGGGCGUCGUUUGAUGCUCUGGCUGCUUUGAAUGGGUCGGCGUGGUUAUCAGGUUUGGAUUAG